ACACACAGCUUUUUGGAUCAGGUGGGACAUUCGGCCCCCUGUAUCUCGGCUACGCCUCCAGCCCUGAACCGCCUGCUUCCACGCAGCAAUCGCUUCACGUCAAGUUGAUAUCAGGAUGCUCACAUUCCUCAUCGCCCGGUGACAUUCCUUCCUAGUUGAGGAACUCCCUCCAUUCUGCUAGUCAUCUGUUUUUCUUGAAGAUUUUAUACAUUCAGAGGACCCUUUCAGGUCCGAGGAGGUCCGGCAGUGGCUCUGGGAGACCAUGCGGGUUUGGUUGCGAGAGGAGCGAUUCGAGGCUGCUCUACCCCUAAAUCAGCGUGCAAUACGGCCCUUGACCCCUCCUAUCAUCCAUGAGCUCAUACGAAUCCUCCGUCGUAGCGCGACCUUGGAGCCCGCCAAUGAUCCGAGCCAGCUGGACGAGGCGAAUGACGAAAAGGGAGAAGAGGGACGACCCUGUGCCCAAAAGGUCGUCUGGGCCUGGGUCUCGCGCGGGACGUGGAUAUCUGAAAGUCAAAGGGUGCUGCAGUGGGGCGAGCCCACGGCCUGUCUGUUUUGGGAGAUGCUGAAUCUUUUCCUCCCUCCAACCCACCGACGCCCCGCCCCCCGCAAGGGCGGGGGGGAGGACGGGACGGAAGGCGGGAGCGAGGCAGGGGUCCCACCGAGCGACCGUGUUACUUUGGUGGAGCUGUCUUUGUUUCUGUGGCUUCAUCUCCCCGAUGCGUCCACCAAGGUCUCUACUCACCCCGCGACGUACAACGUGGUCUGGCCG